AUGGCAGAAACACCUCCUGAUGCUGCUGAGAAACUGGUCGUGAUCCACUCCAAAGCUCACAAGGACACCAUUCUAGCUAAUUUUGAAGAGCAAAGGAAGAAGGAUUUUCUGUGUGACAUUACUCUGAUAGUGGAGAACGUGCAGUUCAGAGCCCACAAAGCUUUGCUUGCUGCCAGCAGCGAGUACUUCUCCAUGAUGUUUGUGGAUGAUGGUGAAAUAGGGCAAUCGAUUUACAUGUUGGAGGGGAUGGUUGCAGACACCUUUGGGGCACUGCUGGAAUUUAUCUACACCGGUUGCCUCCGUGCCAGUGAAAAAAGCACAGAACAAAUCCUGGCCACUGCACAGCUGCUGAAGGUGACUGACCUGGUGUGGGCCUGCACUGACUAUCAGGCUGGCCGCAGCCCAAGUACCGCAGUCCCGGCUCCGGCCGUUACCACCAGCGACAAGAAACACGAAGAGCUGCCAAAGAGAAAGCGAGGGCGACCCAGGAAAAUCAGGAGUGUCCAAGAAGAAAAAUCAGCAGCAAAUUCUGCUGAGGAUCUGCAGCUGAGAGAGAACAACUCGGUGCAAAACGAGCAGAAUUUCAUGAAAAAAGAUGCUGCAGCAGAAGAAACAGCUGCCAGCGAGCAGGCUCCGGCAAGGAAAGAGGCAGAAGAAAAUGAACCUGCUUGUGGCUCAGAAGCUGCUGUUGAUCUGUCAGCUGAGAAAGAUGAGAAUUAUGAUCCGAAGUCUGAAGGAAUACAGAGCACUCAGAGCCGUUACAGCAAACGCAGGAUAAGGAGGUCAAUCAAACUAAAAGAUUAUAAACUUCUCGGUGAGGAGGAGGAGAAAGGACUGGCAAAGAGAAAUGAGGGGAAAAGGAAACGUGCAGGGUCUGAAGCUCGCUGUAAAGACUGUGGCAAAGUGUUUAAAUACAGUCACUUCUUGGCUGUUCACCAGAGGAGUCAUACAGGGGAGCGCCCUUUUAAGUGCAGUGAGUGUGGCAAAGGCUUUUCCCAGAAACAUUCCCUUCAGGUCCAUGAGCGGAUGCACACGGGGGAGCGGCCCUACACCUGCACCAUCUGCAGCAAGGCUCUGACAACCAAGCACUCUCUCCUGGAGCACAUGAGCCUACACACAGGGCAGAAGGCUUUUACCUGUGAUCAGUGUGGGAAAUACUUCAGCCAAAAGAGGCAGCUCAAGAGCCACUAUCGAGUGCACACAGGCCGCUCGCUGCCGGAAUGCAGCCAGUGUCGGCGCAAGUUCAUGGAUGCAGCUCAGCUAAAGAAACACCUAAGGACACACACAGGUGAGAAGCCCUUCACUUGUGAAAUUUGUGGCAAAUCCUUUACAGCUAAAAGUUCUCUUCAGACUCACAUCAGAAUUCACAGAGGAGAGAAGCCCUAUUCUUGUGGUACCUGUGGGAAGUCCUUCUCUGACUCCAGUGCCAAGAGAAGACACUGCAUCCUACACACGGGCAAAAAGCCUUUCUCCUGCCCAGAGUGCAGCCUGCAGUUUGCUCGCCUGGACAACCUGAAGUCCCAUCUGAAAAUCCACAGCAAGGAGAAGCAGUUCCAGGAAGGCAGCAGCGCCCCCAGCACCAGCACGGACUCGGAGGUGAGAAACAUCCUGCAGCUGCAGCAGUAUCAACUUGCCACCUCCGGAGGGCAGGAAAUCCAGCUGCUGGUUACAGAUGCAGUGCACAACAUCAACUUUGUGCCUGGUCACAACCAAGGCAUCAGCAUUGUUACUGCAGAGAGUGCCCCAGCCAUGAGCAGCCAGCAGGCUGCGAACCUGGCCCUGCUUGCUCAGCCGCCGCAGCAGCUGCAGAACUUGUUGCUGUCAGCUCAGCAGGAGCAGGCAGAGCAGAUCCAAGGCAUCAAUAUGAUACCCAGCCAAAUAGAGACUGCCCAGCCUGAACAGAUGCAUGUCAUCACUCUUUCCAAGGAAGCACUGGAACACCUCCACGCUCACCAAGGACAAAGUGAAGAAAUCCACUUAGCAGAAUCUUCGCAUCCAGCUCAGCACGUGCAGCUGACUCAGGAAUCGAGUCAACAGUCUCACUCUGCCCAAGACACACUCCCUUCCCAGCAAGCCAGGGAAGAACAGAAUCCAAGGGUGCAUGUUUCUGAGUCCCAUCAGCAGCCUCUGUCAGUCAAUGAGUCAUCUCAUGAGCAUCCUGGUCAAGGACAGGCUUUCUGA